AUGCUUAAUAUAUUUAAUUUGAUCUGUAUUUGUUUUAAUUCGGCCCUUUUUUCAAGCACUUUUUUAGUCGCCAAAUUGCCGGAGGCCUACGCCUUUUUGAAUCCAAUCGUAGAUGUUAUGCCCGUAAUACCUCUUUUCUUUCUUCUCUUAGCCUUUGUUUGGCAAGCAGCUGUAAGUUUUCGAUGA